GCCGCAUGCUCGCAAGCGUCACCACUCCGAUCCUCCUAGGAAGAUCGUGAUGUUCUUAGCCGCGGACUUUUCUAUCGGGCGCGUCGCGAUGAUUGUGAAACUCCGCUGCAUCGUGGAGAAUGAAGGUAUUUGACAUGAGUUGAUAUCUCGAAUUUCGAAGGUUCAUUUUAUAUGUUUAUCACUGGCUUCGGUGUCUACACUUCAUCAUCUCAACUAUUUCCCUAAUCAGACAACAACAUCGACAAUGGCACAAGCAAUUUUGGUUUGCGGCGCGACUGGAAAGCAGGGCGGCGCAGUCAUCAACCACCUCGUCGAACAGAAUGCCGACUUUGAGAUCCUCGCUGUUACCCGCGACGCAACCUCCGGAUCCGCCCAGCGUCUCUUGAAAAAGUCGUCCAAAAUUCGUCUUGUGCAGGGUAACUUGGCGGACCCGACUGCGCUUUUCAAGACUGCGCAAGAUGUCGCCUCGUCUCCUAUUUGGGGAGUCUUCAGUGUUCAGGUCCCUAUGGGCUUCGGUCAAGGCGGAGGCGGCGAACUAGGCCAAGGCAAGGCCCUCGUCGACGCAUCCCUCAAAGCCGGCGUUAAAUUCUUCGUCUACACCUCCGUCGAGCGUCACGGCGCAGACAACGCGACGAACGUGCCGCAUUUCGCCCACAAGCACGAGAUCGAGCAGCACCUCUUCAACAAGUCCAAGGGCACCGACAUGGAGUGGGCCGUCCUCCGCCCCGUGGCCUUCAUGGACAACCUCACAGACAACUUCUUUGGGAAAGUAUUUACCACGUCGUGGCGGAUGGCGCUGAAGGGGAAGCCGCUUCAGCUCAUCGCCGUCAGCGACAUUGGCUACUUUGGGGCAGAGGCGUUUCUUCACCCGGAGGCGUACAAGGGCCGUGGGGUCUCGCUUGCUGGGGAUGAUAUGACGAUUGAGCAGUUUGCUGCGGUGUUCAAGAGCAAUACGGGCAAGGAACUACCUGGGACGUAUAGGAUCUUGUGUUGGCUGAUCAUGACGAUGGUGAAGGACUUUGGGUACAUGUUCAAGUGGUUUUACGAUGUUGGGUAUGAUGUGGAUAUUGCGGCGCUGAGAAAGGAGUAUCCUGGGCUGAAGGACUUUGAGACUUGGCUGAAGACGGAGAGCGAGUACGCGAGUCGUAUUCAGGCAUGAUGAGGGUAUUUAGACUCCGGUUAUAUGUCCCGGUCCGAAGUAUGUAAUAGGUUUUGUAGUACGGCUUAUGUUUGUAAUAAUUAAAGUGAAGCCUUUGGUAUAGAUCAUAGGUUUGAAAAAUAAUAGAUCAUAGGAAUCGACAGAGUAUAUUUCA